GUGGCAGCACCGCCUCUGGGGUGGGGCUAUGGCCGAGGUCAGCGGGGAAGUGGUCGCAGUGCCCACGUCUGCUCCUGUCGACGGCCUCAGCAAUGGCUCAGGCGGGAACUCGGCGCAGAACCACCACCCGCUGUCACGCAAGCUGCAUAAGAUCCUGGAGACGCGGCUGGACAACGAUAAGGAGAUGUUGGAAGCUCUCAAGGCACUUUCAACCUUUUUCGUUGAAAAUAGUUUGCGUACUCGAAGAAAUUUACGUGGAGACAUUGAACGCAGAAGUUUAGCCAUCAAUGAAGAAUUCGUAAGCAUUUUCAAGGAAGUGAAGGAGGAACUCGAAAGCAUAAAUGAAGAUGUUCAAGCAAUGAGCAACUGUUGUCAAGAUAUGACAAGUCGCCUACAGGCAGCAAAGGAACAGACUCAAGAUUUGAUAGUAAAAACCACUAAGCUUCAAGCUGAAAGUCAAAGAUUAGAAAUAAGAGCACAAGUUGCAGAUGCAUUCUUAUCCAAGUUCCAACUGACUCCUGAUGAAAUGAGUCUUCUCCGAGGUACAAGGGAUGGACCUAUUACUGAGGAUUUUUUCAAGGCACUGGGAAGAGUAAAGCAGAUUCAUAAUGAUGUCAAAGUUCUCUUGCGUACAAACCAGCAAACAGCAGGUUUAGAAAUUAUGGAACAGAUGGCCUUGCUUCAAGAAACAGCUUAUGAAAGACUUUACCGAUGGGUUCAAAGUGAAUGCAGAACAUUGACACAAGAAUCAUGUGACAUAUCUCCAGUAUUAACUAAAGCAAUGGAAGCCCUGCAGGAUAGACCUGUCUUAUAUAAGUAUACAUUGGAUGAAUUUGGAACAGCCAGAAGAAGUACAGUUGUUCGUGGGUUUAUUGAUGCUCUUACAAGAGGGGGCCCAGGAGGUACACCUAGACCCAUUGAAAUGCACUCCCAUGACCCUUUGAGGUAUGUAGGAGACAUGUUGGCUUGGCUUCAUCAAGCUACUGCUUCUGAAAAGGAACAUCUUGAAGCUCUCUUAAAGCAUGUAACUGCACAAGGCGUUGAAGAAAAUAUUCAAGAAGUUGUUGGGCAUAUCACCGAGGGUGUGUGCAGGCCUCUAAAGGUUCGAAUUGAACAAGUAAUAGUUGCUGAACCUGGGGCAGUUUUAUUAUACAAAAUUUCUAAUCUCCUCAAAUUUUACCACCAUACAAUAAGUGGCAUUGUUGGAAAUAGUGCAACUACAUUAUUGACUACCAUUGAAGAAAUGCAUUUGCUAAGCAAAAAAAUAUUCUUCAAUAGCUUGAGUCUUCAUGCAAGUAAAUUAAUGGACAAGGUUGAACUCCCACCACCUGAUCUUGGACCAAGUUCUGCACUAAAUCAGACACUCAUGUUGCUACGUGAAGUUUUGGCAUCUCAUGAUUCUUCAGUUGUACCAUUAGAUGCUCGCCAAGCUGAUUUUGUGCAGGUUUUAUCAUGUGUCUUGGAUCCUCUCCUCCAGAUGUGUACUAUAUCAGCCAGCAAUUUAGGCACAGCUGACAUGGCCACUUUCAUGGUCAAUUCACUAUAUAUGAUGAAGACAACGUUAGCUUUAUUUGAAUUUACUGACAAACGUCUGGAAAUUCUACAGUUUCAGAUUGAAGCACAUUUGGACACACUUAUAAAUGAGCAAGCCUCUUAUGUUUUAAGUAGGGUAGGCUUGAGCUGUAUCUAUAACACUGUACAGCAACAUAAACCUGAACAGGGCUCUUUGGCUAAUUUGCCCAACUUAGAUUCUGUGGCAUUGAAAGCUGCAAUGGUUCAAUUUGAUCGUUAUCUGUCGGCCCCAGACAACCUGUUAAUGCCACAGCUGAACUUUCUUCUAAGUGCAACUGUAAAAGAGCAGAUCGUGAAACAGUCUACAGAAUUAGUCUGCAGAGCCUAUAGUGAAGUGUAUGCAGCUGUGAUGAAUCCAGUGAAUGAAUACAAAGAUCCAGAGAGCAUUCUACACCGAUCACCCCACCAAGUGCAGACACUUCUCUCAUGAUUAUUGUAUUUGAUUGUGUUAGCAAAAUGUUGUAUGCCUAAAACACUGAAGUUUGUCUUAUCUUCUAGUCUGUUAAUCUUUACUUUGAAAUUUGAUAGUUAGAGUUUUCUCUGUAUCAUAAGAUUGUAGAUCCCAGUAAUUUCUUUUGGUCUUAAUAACAUGGAAGUAAGUAACACAUUGACCUGAGUUACUAUUGCUCUUUAUCUACUCUAUACAGAGAGAUGCAACAUUCUUUGCAAGCCACCUCUCCAGCUCUGAAGUUUCUCCUCUUCUGGAUCAUAAAUGUAUGGCAAAAAGUAGUAUGAGAGAUUUAUGGGUUUUUUUAAUCAGACUAGUUCUAAAUUAAUAGCUAUAAAAAUUUUGUCUAAAUUUAAGAAUUAGUAUGAGGAUAUGACCUAAUAAAUGUCUUUUUACCUAAAGAUUCAUUUGCUUUCUUAUUAAUGUAAGUAGGUGUACUUAGUAGCUUUUUUGAACUUAGCCUGUGGUCUGCCCCCAAAAUAACUGUCCUUAAAGGGUUGUUAGAAGAGAGAAAACUAACAGUGGAUUGUGCUGCUGGUGUACAUGGCAGUGAAUCUCCUUUCUGUUUUAAUUUAGCACAGAGUACAUAAUUGACUACACAUAUUUUUAUGUGAUUUUUAAAUAUACACUCAACAAAGGAAAAAAAGAGCAAAAAGUAAUUUAAGUAGGGUGGAUUCCAGUCUGUGGAUGCUCUGAAUGGAACUCAAGGUGGAGCUCAGUGCUUCCAGUGAGUUUUAGGUAUGUAGGCAUCCUGAGCUGCAUGUAAGCUUAGUGUUUAGAGGUAGGUAUUUGUCACACAGUGUGGAUCCUAAAUCCAACCAAUUACAAAUUUCAUGUAGUGUUCAGAACGAAGAAAUAUUGAUCUACUUGAACACUAAGAAACACUGCCAGAGAAAGAGUUGCUAAUGGGCAGUGUGUCUUCUCUUUGUGAUAGCCCCUCACAAAGUCUGAUUUGGACUCUGACUUUAGAACUUUACCUGUGAAGAAGAUUCAAAAAUCACUAUAUUUAAAAAAAAAUUUUUUUCAAUGUGUUUGAUGUAACUACUUACUAGCAAAAAGUCUUAAUUUCUGGUAAAUCUAUAAAAAGCGGUAAGUCCCUAAAUUAUAAAUAAGAAAACUAAGGCACAAGAAAAAAAUGGACUAGUUCAAAAUAUUGUGAGAAGUACUAACAUAAAAUUAAUAUUUAUA